CAAAAUACAACAAAUUCCAACACGAUUUCGUUUCUCUGAAAUUCGCAUUAAAUACAUAAUAUAUAAUGGAAGGCUAUGAAAAAAUGUACAACAAUAUCUGCCGCUUGUGCUUAGCUAUGUGUAAUGACAGUAAAAUGGUGAAUUUAAUUGAUAAUUCCAGUCAGGACGGACUGAGCAGUUUCGGCCAAGCUAUCUCGAUUGUAACCAAUGUUUAUUUGAAAAAAGGCGAUAAACUGCCUACAAAGAUGUGUCAAAAGUGUGUUAUUCUGUUAAAGCAAACUAUUUACUUUAAAUUAAAGUGUGAAUCCACCGACAAACAGUUGAAAGACCUCGUCCAUAAGAACGUAAACAUUGACGGUGCAAAUCGAGAUAUAAAAGAAAUUGUAUGUGAAUAUGCCAUGUUCAACCAAUAUUUUCCAUCAAAAAGUAAUCUGGGUACUUCUAGAAAUAAAAUUAAGCACAAGAAACCCAUAACCAAGAAAAAAAUCCCAGAAAACCAACAUCAAAAAGAUCGUGUCGAAAAAGUGGAGGUUGACAUUGAAAUGGACGAAAAUAAUUACGAUUUUGAUGAUCUAUUCGAUAACGAAGAUGACAAAAGCGUUCUAAAUAACAAACAAGAGGAAAAUUCCGACCAAAGCACUAAUAUCCUGGACACAUUACAGGCUAUGAUCAAUUCAGGAACCAACUUUAAUAAUGAUCUCACAAAAUGUGAAUUUAAAAGGGAACAGAGAUAUUAUAAGCCUAUACCGCCUCACGAGCGCAAUAUACCAUGUAAUAUUUGCCACAAGAUCCUUGCAAACCGCUUUACAUACGACCAUCAUAUGCAACGCCACAAUAAUUGCAAAUUUAUCUGCGAUCAAUGCGGUAAAGGCUUUCCCGUUCGCACAGAAUUGCACAUGCAUCAAAUAGCCCGUCACGGUGUCGGUCCAUACCUGCAAUGUGACCACUGUCCUUACAAAGCACCGAGAAAAUUAAACUUAAUAGAACAUUUACGUAUACAUACGGGGGAAAGACCGUUUACAUGUGACAAAUGUGGUUUAACGUUCCGCAGGAGAGCGAUAUGGAGGAAUCAUUUGGUCUGUCAUAUGGAAAAGCAGUAUCAAUGUACGUACUGUCCGAGGAAGUUUUAUCGUCAAGCGUCAAUGUUAGCCCAUUGUAAUAAUGUGCAUCAGAGAAUGUAUAUGUUCAUGUGUAGUAUUUGUAGUAUUACUUAUACGAAGACGGAGACGGUUAGACGUCAUAUGGUUGUCAAACACGGUAUUCCGAGAGAAAAGCAGGGGAAAAUAAAGAGAGUUACGAAUGAGAGUCAUGAGUUUCCCGGUAAAGAUGUAUGAAUAUUAUAAGGUACGCUACUUUUUGAGUAAGUUGUCAUUGUUGCUUUUAAACAUCAUGUUUAAAUUCAAUAUUUGUGUUAGCUCAUAGCGAAUAAUAUGCAUUUUUAACAUACAUUUUGAACAAUAUUUUAUAUGUUCAAUUAUAGGGAUGUUGCUUUAUUUAGAAGCAAUGAAAUUUAUUUUGUUUUUAUUUAAAAAGAGAUUAAAUAUUGUUUUCUUCUACUCUAAAAAAAAUAAGUUAAAUCCCUUGAAGUAUAUAAGUAAAAAAUUUAAAAUCACAAUUUUAAGUAUAAUUUGUUUGUAGAAUAGUUCUUGUUAUUAACUUUCGAGUCACAUUUUUUGCCAAAAAAAUACCUGAAAAUCCUAAAAUUGAUAUUACAAUUAAUUCUGAAUUCUCAUAUUCAGAAUUUGUAAAUUACCUAAGAAAAAAAUUUUGCAAAAUCAAAUUAUUUAUUUUGAUUAAACAACAAGUUAACAAGAAGAGUUAUAUUAUUGUUAUUAAACUCAAAUUCUGUUACAAUAAACCAAUAUAUUUUUGUGGUUUUAAUAGUUAGUGUUCAAAUACCUAGAUUAAAUAAAACAAUUUUAGCUGUA